AUGGGAAUGCCGCGUCCGGCCAUGGGCGGCGGCUGCAACCCAAUGGCUCAGCAGCAGAUGAUGAUGCAGCAACAGCAGCAGAUGAUGAUGCAGCAGUCGCAAAUGAUGAAUAACAUGAUGAUGGGCGGCGGCGGGUGCGACAUGAAGAAGAUGCAAGAGAUGAUGAAUCAGAUGAUGGGCAUCUCUGGAUCCAAGAAGGAGAAGAAGGGCGAUAAGUCGGGCAAGAAGAAGCCAAAGAGCAACGACAUGGUCAUCUUCGUUGGAGGUCUGCGCAAGACUACCGAAGAGGACAGAGUCACAGCCCACUUCGCGAAGUUUGGCCAGGUGGAGCAGGUAGACAUCAAGCGGCUCCCCGAUGGCACUUCCCGGGGUUUCGCUUUCGUCAAGUUCUCCGACCACGAUGCAGUGGAGAAAGUCAUCGAUGCCCAUGCGAAGCACAUGAUUGACAACAAGUGGGUGGAGGUCAAGCGCCACGACGGCAUCGCCGCAUCAGCGGGGCUUACCAGCUCCAUGCAGAAGGCCACAGAAGAGCCUGAGGAAGAAGCGGAGCCCCCGGGAGAGGAGUUUGCUGAGAAGUGGUCUGAGCAGUAUCUCGCGAUGGCUUCGAAGCUCGCCGAGAAUGAGAAGGACGGUGGAGGUGAGAAAGAAGCUGGCAAAGAAGGUGGCAGUUCUAAGAAGAGCCCCUUCGCGAAGCUCAUGAAGCAAAUGGGCAUGGAUGAAGCCGUCAUGAAGCAGAUGGGCAUGGACCCGAAGCAGAUGGAGGGCAUGUUCAAGCAGAUGGGCAUUGACCCCUCCAUGAUGACGCAGAUGAUGGGUAGUAUGAACCCUAUGAUGAUGAUGGGCGGCAUGAUGAACCCUAUGAUGAUGGGUGGCAUGGGCGGCUGCCCUAUGGGAGGUGGCUGCCCAGGCGGUGGGAACAGUGGCUGCAGUGGUAGUGGGAACUCUGGCGGUGGUUGUGGUGGGAGUUGUGCUGGCUGUGGACCUGCUGGCUGCGGCGGCUGCGGACCAGGCGGCGGUAACUGCGGGCCGCCAGGUGGCUGCUGCAUGGGAGGCUGCUGUCCUGGUGGCAGUGGCGGCAUGGGCGGAUGUGGCCCAGGUUGCGGUCCCGGCUGCAUGGGUGGCUGUGGCGGCUGCGGUGGCUGCGGCAGUUGCGGCGGUGCAGGAGGAGGAGGAGGAUGCAUGGGAUGUGGCGGGCCUGGCUGCGGCAACGAGUCGUCGGCACCCUCGGACCGCCGUGACCGCUCAAGGUCGCCUCCUAAGGGAGGAGGUGGUACGGGCCCCGGGCCCUGUGGACCUUGCGGGCCCUGCGGCCCGGGCCCCUGCGGCCCCUGCGGCCCAGGAGCAUGCGGCCCUGGCCCCUGUGGCCCAUGUGGCCCCGGGCCCUGCGGUCCCUGUGGUGGUUGCUUAGGUCUGCCGAGACCACCGCCGCCUCCACGGGAGGACCCUGCAGCCAAAGCGGCACGGGCUGCCGCUGUGGGGGCCGAGGCAGCUGCCUUUGCACAGCAAGCCUCAAGGAUCGCCGAGACCUCGCGGGACGCAGCCCGCGAUGCGGCCACCGCCAAAACUGCGGUGUGGCUUCACGGCGGCCUUACAGACAGCAGUGAUGUCCAGAAUUUUGCAAUACUUGGAAGCCGCAAUGGCUCGGUCCUGUUUCCAGUAUUCCAUUGGAGGAGCACCUCCGGCGCAGGGGACCGGCAGAGUUUGGAAGUCUUCUUCACAAGCAGUGUUGAAUGA